AUCUGACAUACUAAGUCAAUGAUACAUGAACAUGUCUCAUAUUUUAUAGCUUCUUCGACAGCCUGUGAAUUAUUCAAAACUUGCUUUACACACAUACUCAAAGUUAGGUAGACUCCAAACUUUGAGUACGUAACUUAUGUAGCUACAUUUUUUGAUGCUUAGAAUUAAAACAAUAAUUUAAUUAACUUCAACAGAUCAAAACAUGUUGAUCAUGAUACAGGACAAAUUUUUAUCAGGCACAAACUGAAUAUCAAUCAUUCAAAUCCAUCAUAUGAAUUUUAGACAGUUGUCAACCAAAAUCCAAGGCUGACGCACCUAAGAGAUCAACAUUGUUCAAGAGAAGGUGGUUCGUUUGUCUGUCGUUAUGGAUAUAACGGUGUGUGCAACAGCUUACCCAUUGAAGGCGUUUCGGAUAAAGAUUAUGUAGCUCACGCAACAAAACAUGCAACUAUGCAACAGCUAAAAAAAAGUAAUGGUCAGGUUGCGGGGUCAGUGCCUGCAUGGACGGUGUAUUCUGCUGCUCAAAACUUGCCAGCUGUGUUGAAUGACCCUAACAAGGGAAAGCAGAGUAAUUUCUUGACAAAAACCUGGGGUGAUGCAUUUGUCGAGAAAGUUGACAUCCCCAAGAGCCCUCAUCUUCCAGAUAUUACCAUACAGCACUUUGACGCUUAUAUGAAAAAGAUAGCAAGAAGAUAUCGUAAACAUGCGCGAAUGAACACCAACUCCAAUAAACCUACUUCACCCAACGAAUUACUACAAAAUUUUCCCAAUCUCAGAAAAGUGAAGUCUUUAGAACGAUCCCAAUUCGAUCUGACAAGCAUCCCCAAAAUUUUCUUGGUACCCCAUUUGGAUCUGGCUCAGAAAGAGAACUUUAAUGCAGUGUUCCCAUUUGCGAAGGAAGGGCUGUUGGAUGAGGGUGGCAAUAUAGCCAGUCAUGCAAAACUCAUGCAGGAGAAAGUAUGGACACGACUACACUCCCUCAGUCACUAUCUGGAUAUAAUUGAGGUUCGAAUAGCAGAGCAAGUAGCGUCCAAAUCUCAAGCCUUUUUCCAUGCAAUGACAUCACAUGACGCGCUCAUGGAACAACUGACGCAAACAAUCAAUGUAUUAAAGGCUUUGAGAGAAAAUAUUCAGCAAAUAGACAAAAGCCUUGUUAAAGACUCCUUAGAAAUUUUACGUCUUGAACGUGCAAGGUGUAAUCAUUUGUUAGUCCAAGAAAAACUUAAACUGAUGGCAACAGUACAUCAGACACAGCCAAUGAUUCAGUUACUUCUAUCUACACCAGAUUAUGUUGCAGCUUUAGAUCUCAUUUCUACGACUCAAGAAAUCCUACUUCAAGAACUCAAUGGUGUCCAUAGUUUCAGACAUCUCAGUUCACAAUUGACUGAAAUGGAAAGACUUAUUGAUAAAAUGUUAUCGACUGAAUUCGAGCGCUAUGCCACAGCUGACCUGAAUAGACCACUAGGUGGAGAAAAUAUUGUUUUAGAUGGGGACAAGUUGGUGUCAAUUAUAUCAGGUCUUCUUCGUCAGAAACACUUCCAGUUUGUGGACACAUACAAGGAAGAGGCUAUUAUGACUGUAAGAGCGGUAACUAAACAAUGCGUGAUAGAGGCUUUGGCUGCAAGUGAUUCUUGUAGUGACAACCUAGAAGUCGGGACACUCUCUCUUGUUGAAAGGCUCUCCCUUCUCCAUAGCACCAUUCAAUCGUUUACCUUCCUACUUCAAAGAGUCAAGGCAGUCCAUGAUGUUAUGCGUGAUACGGCAGAUCUUGCAGCUGGAAAAACAAGCAAUUCAGGGGAUAAUUCGAUGAAUGAUUGCUUAUUGUCUCUGGAUGAGCAUAGUCGUGUUGCUGUCAAACUCUCUGACAUGUUAACUUCAAUUUGUGAAUAUUGUCAUGAACGAUUAGGCCACCUGUUAUCUACAGCAGCUAGCGAUAAAGAUAAAACCCAAAGCGAAAAAGAGAAAGCGACUAAUGAUAGUGCAAGUAACAAACUAAAUGACCGUGAAAUUCAGAAUUGGAACGAUAAAGUUCACUGGCUAAGUGAAAAGGCAACGGCUCUGCAAGUUUGUCAGUUAGCUGCCAUGGUUGAGGGAUUCACUGUAACCUGUGAAAGACUUUGCGGUAAACAAUGCACAGCUUUGCGUUCUGCAUUUAAGGCCCAAGCAACCAAAUUUGUUCAACGGUUUCAUACUGAACGCAAAACCAAGAUAAGCCUUCUUCUGGAUUCUGAAAGGUGGCGUCAAGCAGAUGUACCCCCUGAGUUCCAAACUCUUGUGAGCUAUGUAUAUGAAAACAAGGCAUUUCCAAACGACUCGAAACUUCGCGAAGAUAGUGGGAAAAGUAAGAGGAAAGAGUCUGCCGAAGUAUUGUCAAAUUUUAUAUAUAUCGGAGAUGAAAAGUAUGCGGUUGUUGGAACCACCUUGAUGCUGAUACAAAUGAUUCAUGAAUACUGCAGCACAAGUACUGAGUUAGCUACAUUAUCAGGUACACUAGGAAGACAUUUGGCCGAGCUUUUGCGUCAUUUUAACUCCCGAUGCUGUCAGCUCGUUCUCGGUGCUGGUGCCAUGCACGCGGCUGGAUUGAAAACGAUUACUAGCACUAUUCUGGUAUUAGCUAGUCGUAGUUUGCAAUUGCUGUUAUGGUUUAUGCCCUUUGUUAAAGCGCACUUCCAAGCGCUAGCAGAUUAUGGAAAUAGUCGAGGAGUCGCGGGCGUAGCUUCAGUUACUGGAGGUGUUGCUCUACUGGAUAGUGUGGAAAGAGAUAUCCGGGCCCAUGUGAGAGAGAUAGAAGGAAAAGUGUUGACUAUUGUGGGUAGUCUAGUCGGGGCUCAAUUAUCGCAAUGGACAGCUAGACCUCCAGUGCCCUCUCAGCCCUUCAAAAACAUAUCAAGGCACGUGGUUAAACUGCAUGAGGCAGUUUCUAGUAUUCUUCCAUAUUCGCAAAUACAAACUCUUUAUCGGAGUGUAAAUACAACGCUUAAAGAAAAGCUCAGAGAGCAGUUGGUGAAAAUGAAUAUUGUGAAUAACGGCGGUCCACAACAUGGAGUUGUUACAUCUGAGCUGACCUUUUAUCUCGAGGCAUUGAAAACUCUGAAAGUACUACCUGCGGAGGAAUUAAAUGAUGAUUGGAUGAAUGCUAUAUGGACUAGAUAACAUGCAGAGCGUGUUGUUUAUUGCGUCAUGGAAACAAUGCAGUUUUAUAAACAGAGGUGACUGCACAUCUCGAUAGUUUUAUCAUGACUGAAUAUGAUUUAAACAUUCAAACAAAAGUAUGCACAUCCGUCCUAGGUUUGAAAUUCAUUCAUCAAAACCUGCAAAUUUGGAUAGUUUGCAGUUGUGUGCAAAAUUUUAGGUGCCAAUUUUCUAUCAUUUUAACUUGAAUUCUUAUUUGUACAUAAAUUGUUACAGCUGCGUGUAUAGUUAGUUGUAAAGUUUUGCAUUUUCAACUCUCAUCGUCAGUGGUGAUAUUUUCACUUUAUCAAUAUGCAAUAUUUAUGAACAGCAGUACAAAUUAUCUCCAACAAUUCAUGCUGGUUUAACUAAAUACAGACAUGAUUUUUGAUUUCAAGAUUCAUUUUAUUUUGAAUUUAAUGCACGAUUUGUGCCAAUUGAAAUGAUUAGUGAAAAAUUAGUGCAAAGUAUAGGUAUACGUGAUCGCUAGUUAAUUCAAUAUCUCUAAAUGGUUGUAAUUUGAAUUUAUGUAUCUAAUGAUUAUAGUAAUGAAGUGUCUUCGCUUUAGUGUGCGCGGGCGUUAUUCUCGUUACUUCAAGACUAAAUUGCAUCUGAUAUUUUAUCUAUCAGAUGUGUAUACCUACUCAAAAUUGCUAGAAAUAAAUCAUGUGUACACCUGUACAUCUGUAGAAGUCAGAGCACCUUGUCAAAAUAGCGUGAGAGAGAAAGCAAUCAGUUGGGAUCAGGCCUGAACCAAAGAUGUAAUAUUCAACUUGACCUAGUAGAAUGUUGCUUUUAAAUCUAAUUACCACUAAGAGUCUUAAUCGAAUCUAAUGUUGCAAUUGCGUAACUAAGUUUCGAUGGAACUGAACUUGAGUCGUCCUUUUCAAACUUCGAAUGACUGCGGCCACUGGUACACUAUGAUGCAUGAAAAUAAACAAUGAGUAUUAUGAAAUGCAUGCCAAUGACUGUAUUAUAUUCAUUUUCAAGUUUGGCAGUGCAUUUUAUCGUACUUUAUGUUAUGCAUUAAGAAUUUAUUCAACGAGGUGACUCAGACUGACUACCAAAUCAUCUGGUACAUCUCAAUUGUAGAAUAUCCGUUAUGCUAUCGAGUGUCUAGUUGGAUGACCAAAAGAACAGCAGGAAGCCAAUACUUAUUGUACUUUAUUCGAGCAUUUUGAACUUUUCGCAUAGCACAGCUUGUGCUAAAUCUAGUUAAUGCUACUGUGUUUUGCUCUAUACGAAAAUAAGAAUUUCGAUUCUACUAUCCUAUCCAGGAUAUUGUAAGAUGUAAAUCAAAUCUUUCGAGAUUUUCGGCGAUGCAUGUCAUAGCAGCAGCAUUGAUAAUAUUUAUAAGCAAAGUACUUCCAUAUGCGUGAGAUUUGUUAAAAAAUAAAACUCACUGCUUAAAUAAGAUAGCAUUUUGAAUAAUAUGAACUAUAAUAGCUGGUAAAUCGGGAGGUAAUUUUGAUAUGUAUGUCAAAUGUACCUAACAAUAAGUUGUAUAAUUACCUAUAUUGUGAUGUAUGAGAAUUAUUUAAUCUAGCCCUCUAGUGCAUAAUAUUAUGAUGAUGAACUAGUUUCACCGCUUGUGAACCGUUAUUCACUGCCAUGAGAUGGCAUUGAUCAUUACAUAACACGGGCAUGUAAAAUCCGAUUUCGAAUUCGAUUUUGAACCCACAGCACAUCAUGAUUCGAUCAUAUGCAAGAUGAUAUGUAUAACUUUACAGAAGUAUAUGCCAUUCUCAUAAUAGAUAUUACAGAUUCAAUUAUGUAUUACACAAAAUAUAUAGGGCAUUCAUAUAAAUCCCGAAUAUCAUAGAAAUAUCUUUAAUUAUUUUCUCAUUAGCACGAAAUAAUAUUUUUCAAUCAUGUUCAACCUCAUUGAAUGUUCGAGAAAAAUGUUUUGCGUGUUAUCCGCCGCGUGUAAUCCUUGUUAAACUUUACUUAAAAAUUUAAUACAAAAUGAAUCGACGUUCCAGAUUAAAAUUCAAUUAAUUGAACUGUAAAUUGUUUUGCCACAAAUGUAUUCAUACCCCAGUUGCACGCACUCGAAUCUUCGGAAUCUCGAAUUUCUUGGAGCCGCACCUUGCCUGUGUAUAAAUGUGGUGUAGAAAAUAUUCAUGUACAUAAUUCCAUUGUUACGUAUUUUUAAGUAACUAGUAAUGAACAGCGGAUAUAUCAAUGUAACGUUGUGUUUGUCUAGUCCCUGUUGUACAUACAUACACACAUAACUGAGAAAAUGAUAUCUAUAACCGAAAUUAAUAAAUAUAUUCGCAGAUCUUACAUACCUACGAAUAAUUUGUUGAUAUACAAAUAUAACAUUACUAGAUUUGGGAUACUAGCUCUUGUUUACAGUUGUAGUUGCGUAUUAUAAUAACUUACAUAAACACUUAUGCGACAUAGAAUUAUCCGAUGACACAUUAAAUAUUCUGUUUAUUUUAUAAGGGCAACUAAAUUGUUAUAGAUUGCAUUUCUUAAUUUCUACAAGAUCGUGUCCGGCGGUCAUACAGAAAUUUUUGUAUCAUAUCUACCUGCGUACAUUAUACUAAAGCGAUGCUAUGGCAACCCAUAUGCGCAAACAAAAGGCCAACCUUGCUUUGGCGAACAGUAAACGUAUUAGCUGGUGACAUUUGUAAAUAAAAACAGCCGCGAGGUCAAUUUGCCGAUA